CAGCAAGUACACUUGCCUACAGGCUACAACAGGUAGUACUGGUGAAGUCCCUGACGAGGAUUCUGUCUCUCAAGCAGAGUAAUACGCAAUUCAACAAUAUAUCUUCCUCUCCAGUUCUUGAGGGAUAGGGAAUUUCGUUUGUAUGUAUGUUGCUUUUUAUGUGUCGUUGAACAUCUCGCAUCUUGUCCAAGAGGACUUCGGACACUGAGAAGCUACUUCUGUGUACUCAACGUAAAUCGGCCGCAAUAAAUGGCUCCAAUUCUCCGUUGCUGCAAGAGACAGCGUUGAUUAUGAUUCAAUUUCCAUUAAGUUGUGAUGCACUAGAGGUCGAAGAAGACAUGUUGAUGCAGAGUGCCUUAUCCUGUCCCAGUAUCAGCGAACUCCCGGAUGAUCUAGUCCUGGAUGGAAGGGUCAAGUCCCAAGUCAUUCCGAUCUCAUCUGGAACGGGGUCUUUGUCACACCUGCCAAAAUUCUCAAGGGUAUGGUCGCCACCACCAUCAGGAGGAAACGAUGGGGGAGGGACAUUGGGGACGUGGGGCUCAAUGUCCCAACUGCCCACCCAGCCCACCCCCAACCAUGACAUGAUGAACCAGACGGAAUCGAGUGGGAACGAGGAUUUUGUUUCCUACAUGUGCCGCAACUUUGCCGAUGACCCAAGCUUGAAUCUCUUCAAGGGGUUCCUUCACCUUCGUGAUUUCAGCGGGACCAGAAAGCUAAUGAGGAAUGCCAGUGGAGCCAGUGUGGAUUUGCCCACGCCUCCCAACUCACCCAUGACAGCCUACCGCAAUGCCCAAGGCUUCACUUGGCCCUCAGUCCCCGAGCCCAGGUCGAUUAUUAGCCGCAAAGCCUCGAGCAGUGGCGAGAAGAAGGAAGUCACCUUCAACUCUCGUGUUGUGGAUCUGGAAGCAUUGGCCAUUGAAUCCCGUAGCGUGGGAUCCUCUUUGGAUAGUUGGACCACUGGGAUCGAGGACGAAUUUAUGAUUCCUAUUACAACCGCCCAGCAUGUACUUCAACGGAUCACUUUUGACGAGGACGGGGUAGACGAGGCCUAUGGGACAAUGAGUGCUCCUGACCUCGUCACUCACUCGCCGGUCCAAAGUGUGAUGUUCAAUCAACCACGACCUUCCACCCCUGGUUCCAUGACAGAGCAUCCUUCUCAUGCUCCCUCAAGGCAGAUUGUUUCCUCACUCCAAGGCUACCCUGGCCCUCAAAAGAUACGGACCUCUGAUGCCACUCAACUUGUUCUUCCCCAGGAGGCCACCAUACCUAUACCUGGAACCCAGGCCAAAAGUAAACUACCCCAUGUCAGAACAACUAACGGCCUUUGCUCGUGCCAAGUCCUCCUCCAAGAACGGCUUCAUCAGAGAAGAAAGCGGAACAAGCUCAUGAGCAUUCAUCAAAUCAAUGGGAGAUUGCAAGAGAUCCUGUACGAUACGGAGAAAGUAAUGUUGCUAUAGCGCCUGAAUUUGUCAAAUAUCAAGAAGAAAACACUUCUCCUCAAUUAUGAAGCAAUGCAAAGUAUAUUUUUUUCAUCCGGAAAUGAAAUCAAUCACAAAUAGAAACAUACCAAUCGUU